UAUUUAAAAGUCAAUAGUGUCUUAGUUUCAAAGGUGUUUGAAGAAGAUAGCCGAGGUUAAUUAUAUAGGUAGACAGAAACACAGUCAGUUUAUCAUGUCUGAGAUAGCAAAUUUCCAAGUGAAGGGUCAGAUAUGUGCCCCAUUUACACCUAUGAAGGACGAUGGGGAAAUAAAUUACACGUUUGUAAAGAAAUAUGCAGAUUAUCUUGUGCAAACCCAUUUCACGGGAGUUUUUGUAAAUGGUUCAAUGGCUGAGGGAGCAUCUUUAACCCUGGAUGAAAGAAAGCGCAUGUCUGAAACUUGGAUGGAAGCAUCUGGUGGUCGGCUAGAAGUCAUUGUUCAUGUUGGAACUAACUGUAUAAAGGACUCACAAGAACUAGCUAGGCAUGCGGAGAAGACUGGGGCAUCUGCGAUAGCUGCAUUUAGUCCGUCCUACUAUAAACCGGAAAAUGAAGAGGUACUGGUCGAGGUGCUGGCGGAAAUUGCAGGGGCAGCACCAAAAACACCAUUCUAUUUCUACGAAAUUAACUUUAUGACCGGAGUAAACGUGAACACACGUAAAUUAUGUGAGCUGGCUCUGAAGAAGAUACCAACUUUCCGGGGACUGAAACAUUCAAAGCGAGAAAUACCGAGUCUACACGACUGUUCUAUGGUAGAUAAUCUGCAGGUCCUUGUUGGGACAGACUUUCAGUACCUCAGUAGUCUUGCUGUAGGGAUAACAGGCAUAGUAACAGCGUCAUAUCUUGGCAACAUAACACAUGACAUGAGAACAGCGUUUGAAGCAGGUGACAUUCAGAAAGCAAGGGGAAUACAGAAAACGUCCCACGCUAUCAAUAAUAUUCGAUUCAAAUAUGGAGGUUCUGCGAGAACAUGUAAAGCUAUGUUUAACAUAUUGUCUGGAAUGGAUACAGGACCAGUUCGUCUCCCGCUUAGAAAUUUGACAGCAGACGAAUACAAAAAUAUGAAGAAAGAUUUCACAGACGCUGGACUCGCAGGAAUUGCUGCAUUAAAAUAGCUAUGAAAGUUUGCGUUCGUGAAAGUACGAUUUUUAUGUUGAGGUGAAAUGUCGUACAGAAACUUUUUAAAGUUUUGGGAAAAAUAAAUCUUUCAAUAAAGAUAUGAUUAUUCCUGAA